UCACGCACACACCCACCUCUGGCCAAGGGGCCGACACCUCUGUGCUGCCUUCACACACACCUGCACGUUGCAGCUAUCUCCCACGAGCAAGACUCUGUAGGAGCCUCUCGCUUCCCUUGCAUCAGGGUUUAUUCUGCCUCUUGCCUGCUCUGUGUGCAGCAGCAGCCGCGAUCGGACACACAGCAGCUGAAAGGAAAAGGCUCGCGGCCCCCAGAAGAAAGAGCCCUACAGGUAAGACAAGGAGGAGGGAGAGAGAAGCAGAGCUAGGACCUCAGGGGCAUUUGCUCCCCGCACCAGCCUCUAUCCAGAGGCGGCCAAACAGGCAUCUAAGUGGCAUUUGCAGUUACUAGGAAAUGCCUCAGUAUGAGCCAUGGGGUGGGGGGAACCUUUCUUCUGCUGAUCGGUUCCUGAGCGUGUCAUUCUGCCUUGGUUGCCAGUGAAGAGAGAGGAGGAGAAGAGGGGGAGAGAGAGAGAGGGACAGAGGAAGCAAGAGCUGGAUCACACUUCUUUCCUUUAAAAGCUGGCCCAUGGCAAUGAUCACCUAGUCCUGGUCUCUGGUCUGUGCCGAGCUGCCCCAGCGGAGUUGCUAGCUGCCCUCCUCCUCACCCAGCCCCUCCUCCCCCCAGCUCCUCAAUGGCAGCAGAUUUUGGGAGCCCUAAUGCCAGUGUGAUUGGGGAGAGGUCCCUGGCUGGGGGAAGCAGCUGGGUGGCCGCCUUCCUCUGCUUCAUCAUCCUGCUGACCACCCUGGGGAACUUCCUGCUCAUCCUGCUGAUCUUCACGCAGCGCUCCCUGCGCAACACCUCCAACUACUUCCUGGUGUCCCUCUUCAUGUCCGACCUGAUGGUGGGUGUGGUGGUCAUGCCCCCAGCCAUGCUGAACCAGCUGUACGGCCGGUGGGUGCUGGAGGGCGAAUUCUGCUCCAUCUGGUACUCCUUCGAUGUCAUGUGCUGCAGUGCCUCCAUCCUCAACCUCUGCGUCAUCAGCCUGGACAGGUACCUGCUCAUCAUUUCCCCGCUCAAGUACAAGCUCAGGAUGACCUCCUGCAGGGCUGUGUGGCUCAUCUUUGCUACCUGGACCUUGGCCGCCCUGGCCUCCUUCCUGCCCAUCAAAAUGGGGUGGCACGAGCUGGAGUUUGAGACCAGGCCACUCAAUAGCACCUCCCGCGUGGAAGAGGACCAAUGCAGGCUCCUGGUCAGUCUGCCCUAUGCUCUGAUAGCCUCCUGCCUGACCUUCUUCCUCCCAUCCAUGGCUAUCUCCUUCACCUACUGCCGGAUCCUCUUGGCCGCCAGGAAGCAAGCUGUGCAGGUAGCAUCGCUCACCACCAACAUGGCCAGCACCUCCGACGAACCCCUGCAACAGGUCCCCGGAGCUCAGAGCCAAGCUGUGGCCAUGGGCGAGAACAGGAAAUUUGCCAAUAAGCACAGCAAAAAGGCGCUGAAGGCCAGCCUGACCCUGGGCAUCCUGCUUGGAAUGUUCUUCGUGGCCUGGCUCCCCUUCUUUGUUGCUAAUAUGGCACAAGCAGUGUGUGACUGCAUCCCUGCUGGCUUCUUUGACGUCCUCACCUGGCUUGGGUACUGCAACAGCACCAUGAACCCCAUCAUCUACCCCCUCUUCAUGAGGGACUUCAAAAGAGCCAUGGCUAAGUACCUGCCCUGCUGCCGGCGCUCUUGGGAAGGCAGACCUAGCGCCAUUUCCCUGUCCAUGCGGAACUCCAACAGCGGGCCCCGGCUGGGGAUGUCCCUCAAGAACGUCCUCACGCUGCAGGGUGAGACGGACUCAGUUGACUCGGUCAUCCAGGUGAACGAGCAUAUCUUGCUGCCUGCCUGCAAAGACCCCCACCUGGAGUCCAUCCCAGCCACGGCUGCUGACUCAGUCAACCUCUUCGACUUAGAACGCAUGGACCAAGAGCUGCAGAUCAACCAGCUGAACACGCCCAUGGAUUGACUAUGCUGCCCCAACACGGGGAUGUGAGGUUAGGAGGGACCUGCUCUUGGUUCCCCCCACAAGCUUAGGCUAUGCACAGACACCUUAGUGGUUCCUGCUGGUAUAUAGUGAUACCCUGGAUGGGGAAGCCAAUGAAGGUGUGUGUGUACAUGUACAAGUCUUCUGAGCCAAAGUGAAGCAUUGCUAUUCCACACUACACUCCCCCUAUACAUAGAAACUGAUCCCAAAGUUCACUGUCUCCCUAAUCGUGGGCGGGGAGGGAAAAACGUGUUUCUUCUUUGUAUGGAAAUCAGUGACCAUUUUCCAGUGGUUACAGGUUGGGAUUGUUUAAACAUGAUGAAGCCAAAUGCUAUUGCCAAGUUUACCUGCCUGGUGUCGCUUUCCUUCUUCUCUACUUGUUUUCUCACUGUCUCACUUCCCCCUCCUGCUUUGUAAUGUGGAAAGCAGCACAGGCACUUUUACAGCCUGACCCACGCGUGAUCUGCCCGGGUUUUAAGUGUUUUAUGGUCCCUGAGCUAAGAAAACAGUGGCGACAUUUUCUCCUCCGCUCGCCUAUAAUGUGGAAUUUCAAAAUUGGAUUAAAAAGCAGCACUUGGUAAAAUUAAAGCCAGAGAGCGAGAAACAAAACCUACCAGGCACUGAAGGCAGAGGGGUCCAGAACAGCCAAAGGCAGCCACUGCUGGCCAUCGUCACUGGACCCCGAGCAAUUUGUUAGCAGGAGAACAUCAACACUCAAGUGCUCAGAUGCUACAAUGAGGAGGGCAUAGCAUUAUCUGAUAAGAGAAGUUGAUAAGAGAUAAGAAUGGCCCUACUGGGCCAGACCAAAGGCCCAUCCAGCCCAGUAUCCUGUCUUUUGACAGUGGCCAAUGCCUGGUGCCCCAAAGGGGAUGAACAGACCAGGAAUAAUCAAGU